AUGCCAUACACAGUAGGAUUAGAAGAACCUUUCGCACCGUAUAAAGCACCAUCGCAGGAAAAUCUUACAGCACUCCGUCUCAGUAUCACACCAAUGAAUUCACCCGCGCCCCCAGUGUGGUUCAUCACCGGGUCGUCCUCCGGCUUCGGACGACACAUGACCGAGUUGGUCCUACAGAAUGGCGGCAUCGCCGUCGCCACGCUGCGUAGCCCUUCUGCGCUCUCCGACCUUGCCGCGCGUUAUCCCUCCUCCCAGCUGCUCGUCCUCCCGCUAGACGUGCGCCAGCCCGAAGCGAUACCCACGGCCUUCGCAGAGGCGCUAGCUGCAUUCGGGCGCAUCAACGUCGUCUUCAACAACGCCGGAUGCGGCGUAUUGAGCGAAGCAGAGGGCAGCACGGACGACGUCGUCCGCCCGAUGUUCGACGCCAACUUCUGGGGCGCCGCGCGUGUCAGCCGGGAGGCCGUGCGCGUCUUCCGCGAGGUGAACCAGCCCGCGGGCGGGCGCCUCCUGCAGGUGUCCUCGAUGGGCGGCGUCCAGGGCCUCUCCGCGCUCUCGUACUACUGCGCGAGCAAGUGUGCGAUCGAGGGCUUCACCGAGGCGCUCGCGGCUGAGAUGCGCCCGGAGUGGGACGUCAAGGUCACCCUGAUUGAGCUCGGGGGGUUCCACACCAAUGCGGGUCGCAACAUGGUGCGCCUGCCCCCCCACCCCGCAUACGUCGACCCGGUCUUGAAGCAGGCUACCGCGCGCAGCUACCUGCAGGUGAACCCGUGGAUGCCGGGUGACGCUGCGAAGGCGACUGCGAAGAUAUACAAGCUUACGGAGCUCCCAGAUCCACCGCUGCAUCUCCCGCUGGGGAAAGAUGCGCAGGAAGCUGUUAAGAGAAAAGCGCAGAGUUUGUUGGCCAUGGCGGAGUCGUUUUCAUCGUGGUCGGAGGGACUAGAGUUGGACGUUCCUUUGGACAGGCCCUAA